CAUAAACUUGAUUCGGCUGUUGAGUGAAGCGUUGAUACACCGACGGUAGAGAAGAGCUAGUGAUCGGCAGCAAUAACGACGGCGUCGGAGUGCGAUUAUGGAGAGGAAGAGUGUCGGGCGUGCUGUGGAAGCUCCGAAUUCGCCGGAGAAAUGGUAUCCGCUUCGCCUUUUUCCUCCUUGGAACAAGCUGCAGGUUCAAUCAGGUCUCCAUUUUUAUUCUUUCACCUUCUUUAAUCUCUCUGUACCAUUGUCGGUGAUCAAUCGAGGCUGAUAUUUUAUCUUUUAGUGCUGGUUGCUUACAGUUUUUUGAACGGAAUUAGGAAUAGAUAGUGUUCUUCUAUGAUGCGAUUGAAUACUGGAACGUAGAGCUUGACCUCAGGUUGAGUAAGGAGGAACAGUCAACUGCACUGGCAACCGUGACUGGCUCUAGAUUUCAGGCUUUUAAACCAUUUUACAAGUCCAAAGACAAGAAGAUGCAAGCAGUAAGGGACAAGCUACACGACAUCACCGCCAUGCGGAAGGCCAAGUCCGAGGCAAAGGCCGAAGAGAAGGCAGAGAAGGAGCUAGCAAAGGCAAGAGUGGAGGUGGCUCAUGAGGUAAGAUUGGCAAGAGAGGCUGAAGCUGCAAUGAGUCUUCAUGUUGCCAAAGCUGGAAAGAGGGCUGAGAAAGAAAUGGCUAAGCAUGCCAAUACUCACACCAAUAUCUUUGUGGCUCCUGGCGACGGCACCACCACCAGGGUGGCCACCGCUCCAGGCGUGACUAUGGUCGGAGCCCCUGGCACCGUCGACAUGGUUGGACCUCAUACCGUUCAUAAGAAGACACUGUAACUCUUGUAACGCCAUCAAAAAAGCUUGUCAUCUUUCAUUUGCAAGUAAUUACCUUUGUGUUUGAUUUGUUUUUCUGCAAGUUCUACCACAUCUUUAGAUGUUGUGUAGUAUAUAUACAAUAGAAUGUGACAUUGUAUUCGGGAGCUUCCUCCCGAGGCCGUUCAUAACAAGAAAUCGAAAGUAUUUAAAGAUA